AUGUCUGAUUUUUCCCUGUAUCCUCAAAUACUGCAUCAUCUUGUUAGUUGGAGAGAGAAAGCCAUAUCAUUAUUGUGAUUUUACAGAUUGCUGGAGGUCUGAUCUGUGCAGCACCAUGGACUCAUCAGAAGAGACCGGAGGCUCCUCCGCAGAAGAGAACUACUUUGUGAACUACACCUUCACUGACCGCUCCCACUCAGGCCGUGUGGCCCAGGGUAUUAUGAAAUUGUGCUUGGAGGAUGAGCUCUUUGCUGAUGUUACAAUAUCAGUGGAGGGCAAAGAAUUCCAGCUGCACCGUUUGGUCCUCUCAGCUCAGAGCUGCUUCUUUCGUUCCAUGUUCACUUCCAACCUAAAGGAGGCCCACAACCGGGUGAUUGAGCUGCAGGAUGUUAGCGAGAGUGUUUUUCAGCUCCUUGUGGACUAUAUUUACCAUGGGACUGUAAAGCUGAGGGCAGAGGAGUUGCAGGAAACCUAUGAAGUGGCAGACAUGUACCAGCUCACUGCCCUUUUUGAAGAGUGCUCUCGUUUCCUGGCCCGUACAGUGCAGGUUAGGAACUGUCUGCAGGUCAUGUGGUUGGCAGAUCAACACAGUGACAUGGAGCUCUACACAGCUGCCAAGCACUGUGCAAAGUCACAUUUGUCUCAACUGCAAGACACGGAGGAGUUCCUGCACCUGCCUCUUCGCCUACUGACAGACAUCCUUACAGAUGGUGUUCCAUGUUCUCAGAAUCCAACAGUUGCCAUAGAAACCUGGAUUAACUUCAACAAGGAGGAACGCGCGGGCUUUUCAGAGACGCUGCGAUCAAGUCUGAAGGUGAUUGGAGAAAAUGUUCACAUCUACCUGAUUGGAAAGGAGUCGUCUCGUACCCAUUCACUUGCUGUCUCUCUGCAUUGUGCUGAUGAUGACUCCAUAAGUGUGAGUGGCCAGAACAGCCUGUGUCACCAGAUCACCGCAGCCUGCAAGCAUGGUAGUGACCUGUAUGUCGUUGGUGGUUCCAUUCCACGGCGCAUGUGGAAAUGCAACAACGCGACUAUAGACUGGGAAUGGUGUGCCCCGCUGCCCCGUGACCGGCUCCAGCACACCCUUGUCUCCGUGCCCAGCAAGGAUGCAAUAUAUUCACUGGGGGGGAAAACUCUACAGGACACUCUCUCUAAUGCUGUGAUAUAUUACAGAGUACGAGACAAUGUCUGGACAGAGACAAGCCAGUUGGAAGUGGCAGUCUCUGGAGCUGCAGGUGUAAACCUUAACGGUGUCAUUUACCUGUUGGGUGGGGAAGAAAAUGACUUGGACUUCUUCACCAAGCCCUCUCGGCUAAUUCAGUGCUAUGACACCAACACAGAGAAGUGCCACGUGAAGCCAUACGUGCUGCCUUUCGCAGGGCGCAUGCAUGCUGCUGUACACAAGGAUGUGGUGUUCAUUGUGGCCGAGGGGGAUUCCCUGCUGUGUUACAAUCCCCUACUGGAUAGCUUCACCCGGCUAUGCCUGCCAGAUGCCUGGAGCUCAGUACCAUCCCUCUGGAAAAUUGCCAGCUGCAAUGGCAGCAUCUACGUCUUUCGUGACCGCUAUAAAAAGGGUGAUGCAAAUACUUUUAAACUUAACCCAGCCACCUCUGUUGUAACAGUCACAAGUGGCAUCAAAGUGCUGCUUACUAACCUGCAGUUUGUCCUGGCCUAAGUGGGAAAAAUAGGGUCAGUGAUAGGAAGGGCAGGAAUGGUGUUCUGCUGUGUAGCUCAGAGGCACCCACCACCCUCGGCACCAGUCCCAAUUGCCACGAGCUCACAACAUCCAAUGAAGAUCCCAUCCUCUGUACCUGUGCAGAGGAAGUACAGACUUUCUGGCUGUCGGCCUAUUCUUUGACAUAGUGCUAUUAAAGUUGAACUGCUGCAUCUUAGAUUUCAGAUCGACUAAAUGCUAUUACUUUGAUCCCUUGAUGGUAAGCUGCUUGUGUUUGAGACCCAAACUGCAGCAAAUGGCUUUUUUAUCUGGGAACCAAUCUGCCAGUAACAAAUCCUUUAAUACACGGACAAUGUCCUCCUUGGCCCAGACUGCUAGUUUUAACUACCUGGGAGACUGUGUUGCUACCACAGAGUUAGAUGUGUACUUCGUCCAUCAGGGAUGUCCCCAUUUAAACAUUCCGGCGUCCCUAAUGCAGAAGGAGGGACUGGCAGAAGUAUUUACAGCAGACAGAUUCCAGAGCUGACCCAAAGACCUUCAGUAGGUUGCAUUAUUCAGCACUUCUCCUAGAGGAGUGGUAAGAAACUGGAAACUUGCUUACUGCUCUAGCAUAAAGGAGAUCCUUUUUAUAAGCAUUGGCUUCCUUUACUGUAUAGGGAAUCUCCACCUGUAAUGAUAACAUAGUGUUGGUGAAAGACAGAAUUAAGAUCAUGUCCUCCUACAUCUCUCUGUUGGCACUGUAACCAUUUGGGUAACAAUCUGAAUAAAGUCUCCGAUGAGACAAA